GGCGAAACCCCGCUUGGCUUCGUCCUGCAAUUGAAUGAUGGCAUCUCCAGAAGAUGAACAACCUUACCCUUUUGUAGAUAUAUAUGAUGAAGAUGAAGCUGACAGAGUCUUCCUUUUGUCCAAGCCUACCUGCUUCAUUAUCCUUGGAAAACCAGGUGUUGGAAAGAAAACAUUAGCUAAAAAAAUAGCCCAAUUUUGGAAGUGCACUCUUGUAGAUGCUUUUGAACUUAUAAAUGAAAAUGUAACAGCCGAAACAGAAUAUGGACUGAAGUGUAAGGACCUGCUUUACCAAGGUCAAAAUGUUCCUGAAGAGUUGGUGAUAAAGAUGCUUAUGAUCAAGCUGGACUCACCAGAGAUUAAUCACUUCGGUUAUGUUCUCUGUGAUUUCCCUUCUCUUUCUGAGGAUUUCAUGUCUAUACCAGAACAAAUAGAUGUGAUUAAAAAUUUAAAAUUGAAACCAGAUUUCCUGAUCAAUAUAAAGUGUCCUAACAAUGACUUGUGCCAAAGAAUCACUGGUCAAAGACAGCAGCCUGACACGGGACAUAUAUUUAAAAGAGAUGAUUGGGAUCCUGAUAUUAUUGAAAAGCGUAAGAAAAAGAAGAAAGAAUUACGUAAAAGUGAAGAAGAAGAUGAGGAAGCAGAAGCAGAAGAAGAAGAGGAAGAGGAGUCAAAUGAGGCUGAUCAAAUUAUGUUGACAGAAAUUUUGCCAACUUUAGUGCAAAGGCCAGAAGAUUUUAUGGAAAAUGCACAAAAGAGAAUUGAACUCUAUAAAGAUAUUAUGCUGCGUCCCCUAGAGGAAUUAAUGGCUGAGCAGGACUCUCAGUAUCUUUUCGAAUUGGAUGGAAACAAGAAUGCAGAUGAACUUUUUAAAUCAGUAAUAACCCGCCUUGAAUCCAUGGGCCAACGGUAUGGAGCUCUUAUAACCAAGCUUCAGAGUGCAGACGAAGAAAUGUUAGAUGGUCUGGAAAAUGGUGAACUUUUUCGGGUGCUUGCGUCCUAUAAACUUGUAGGGCCUAGACAUCGAUGGCGUCGCAGCAAAUGGGGCCGAGCAUGUCCUGUGGCUUUAAAAGAUGGUGACAUUAUCAUGGGAACUGCAGACAAUACUGUUAGCUUCUUAGGUAAGAUGUACCUGCUUUCUACAGAAGAAGCGUUGAAACAAUUCAUGCUGAACCCUCGUUCCUACCUGCUUCCACCAAUGCCACUUCCACCUUGUAAAGUACUGAUACUGGGCCCUCCGUUAUCUGGGAAAACAACUCUGUGUGAGUUGCUUGCAAACCAUUAUCAGGGAAAGGUUCUUGACAUGGAAGCUCUUCUGAAAAUACAUUAUGAACAAGCAAAACUAGAACUCAUUGAGCAGACUCGAGCUGAAGCAAUCAUGGUAGGCAUUGCCAGAGUGAAAGAGAAAAUGGAAAUAGAGCAGCAACUGAAGGAACAAGCUGAACUAUAUGCCCGAGAGUUCGGGGAAGGGGAAGGGGAAAAUGAGGAAGAGGAGGAGGACAUUCCCACAGAGGAAAAAAGUUCAAUAGUUCCCAGUGCUGCCUCAACAAUGACUAGCCCAAAAGAGGACAGUAUCAUGAAACAAGAGAGCGUAAUAAAAGAAGAAGAUGAGACUGAAGAAAUGUCUUCAUCCCUGUCUGCAGAACAAAUAGCAGAUAUCUCAACAGUACAAACAGAGUCGGAGAUCCCUCUUGACCAUCCAGAUAUCCAGGAAGCGGUCCAGAGUGCUAUAGAAGCUGCAAUGCUGUUUCCAAUUACUCUGGCACCAGAAAAAUAUGUGGAAGUAUUAGAAGAAACCAUUGAAGAGGUAAAAGCACCAGGAUCAAAUGAAAGGCAUGCACGAUAUGCUCAUUGCACUCUUUUAUUUCAGCUACAGAAGACAAAUUCAAGCAGAUAUCCUGGAGCUGCAAGUAAAGGAGGAUGGGUAGUGGAUAAUUUCCCUCCACUGACAGAACAUUGGAUUGCUUUGUUAGAAAAAGGACUCCUACCUGAUACUGUGAUUUGUUUGAAGAAUGUUGAACAAAAUGGACAGCUGGUACUGCAUAGACUGUAUGAAGCAAAUAAAGAAGAAAUUGAUGCUGAAAUUAUACAAAGGCUAAUAGAUGAUGCUUUGAAAAAGAAACAAGAGGAAGAAGAAGCAAAAAGAGAACUGCAAGAAAUGUUAAAACUGCAAGCUCAGGAAUCUGCUGAAGACAGAGGUAAGAAAUACAAUUGUGUAUUUAGAAUUAUUACAGCAAUGAAGUUAAUUUUGUGCAUAUUAAUCAUAUUGUUAAACUCACAAGCACUACUAAACAAGGAAGAAUUUAAAUCUGGGACUGUUUAUAUUUUUUAUAGUACAGUAAAGUCCCACCUUAGUGUUCCAAAAUUGCUUUAUAAAUGUUUCCAUAAAAAAUGUUUUUUUGUAUUUAUAGAAUCUGCAGAGUUUAUGGAAGGUAGCUUUGGGGUUGAAAGAAGCCAGCCAGGACAAGUUGAUUUUUCAGAAUCUAAACAGAAAGAAACAUCCGGAGAAACAGUGCAGUUUGUAGAUCAGAGUGAUGAAGCACAGGUUUCUGCAGACUCCAAAGAACAUGAAGAAUCUAAGACAGAAUCAACAGAACCCCUUGAAAGUGAAGAAAAAUCUGUAUCACAAUAUGAACACCUGAAAAGUAUUGCAUCUGAACUAGGAGUCACGAUGCCCGAGUAUCCUGCAGAUGGUUUUCCAGAUGUAGUAGAAAUAGAGCCAUUUAAAAAUAAGCUCAUCCAGUUCCAGAAUAACUGGCAAAAAUUAGAGUCACAUAUUGCAGAAUCACUUUUGGUCCAGGUUACUGAAUUGGAGAUUGAUGGGCAGACUCCAGAAAUGCUACUUAAUAAGAGUUUGCAAGCUAUGCGACAAACUUUUAAAUAUCAUGGCUGGGAAUUAUCACCUGAAGAUGAAGAUGAAGAACAAGAAGAUUUGCAGGCUGAAGCAGAGGCACAGGCAGAAGAAGAAGAAGAGGGUGAUGAAGAGGAAGAAGAGGAAGAGGAAGAAGAUGAAGAAAAAAUUGCUGAGAGGAAGAGACACAUGGGAGAUACGAAGAACUUCUGUCCAGUGAUUCUGAAGGAAAACUUUAUCCUUUAUCCAGGAAAUUCUGAAAAUGCAGCUAAAUAUAGAGAAAAAUACUAUUAUUUUUCAAGUCCAGAAAACAGAGAUAAAUUUCUAGAAAAUCCUGACGUGUAUGUUUCUCACAAUGAGCCAUUAAAAGCUCCUCCUAUAAGAAUAUUUCUGUUGGGGCCACAUGGAAUAGGUAAAACAGUCUGUGCCCGGUGGUUAGCAGAUAAGCUAAAUAUUUUUCAUAUUCAAUUUGAAGAACGCUUGCAAGAAUUGAUCAUGCUCAAAACAGGAAAAAGAGUUGGACUUGAAGAAGAAGAGGAGGAAGAGGAAGGUGAGGGAACACAGGAAUUGGGAGAAUCCACUAUUCCUGAAAGUGCACCUGAAUUUGAAGAUGGGAGUGAAGAGGAAAGUAAGCAGGUUCAUGAGAAAGAUAUGCUAUUAACAGAUGAGGAAGAAGCAAUCAAGGCCAAUAUAUUAGAAAAUGAACCAAUUCCCAUGGAAGUGCUUGAUAAUAUUGUUCUUGAUUGGUGGAUGAAGGAGCCAUUUCGUUCUGCUGGGUUUAUACUUGAUGGUUUUCCACGAAUAGGAGAAGAGAUCCAAUACUUAGCAGAGCGUUCACUUUUUCCGGAUAUUGUAGUUUGUCUUGAAGCUGACGAAGAGGACAUUUCUGACAGACUUCUUACGAAACAAAUAACUAAAUGGAAAGAGAAACAAACUAAGAAGAUGGAAAAGAAGCAGCAGAUUAAAGAAACAAAGGCAAAAGUGAGAGAAGAGCAAAUUGCUAGAAGACGGGCAGUGCUUCUAACUGAACAAACAAGAAAGAAAUUAGAGAAUGAGGCGAGGAAGCUUGAGGCUGAAGGUGAAGAAGAAGAUGAAGAAGAAGAAGAAGAUAUUGAAGCUAUUCUGGAAGAUGAGUUUCCGAAAGAAGAGGAAGAGGAAGAGGACGAAGAGCAAGAGUCUGAAGCUAUUGAGCGCUUAAAGAUUGAGAUUGCAGAGAGAUAUGAAGCAGAUACUGCAAAUGUGCAAACUGUGCAGGAAGAAUUUGAAAAAUUACUCAUACCUCUAAUAACUCUCCCUUGCAAAAGAAAGUCUCACAUUGUGCGCUACCAAUUGUUGAAAAAGCUAAAAGACGUUGUAGAAAAUCGUGAGAGCAUUUUUGAGAAAUGUUAUCCACUAAGUUUUUCACUUGCACGGAAAAUGAUUGUUCUCUCUUAUAAACAUCCAAGCAAUUUUGGCCAAUGGGAUCCUGUCAAGCUAAGUGAAGGAGAUGCAAUCAAGCCCUUCCGAAAUGAUGACACACCGAGUUUUCCAGUUAUUCAUCGAAACUGUAUAUAUUUCUUUACAAAUAAAGAAAAUAGAGAAAAAUUUAUGAAAAAUCCCCUCAAAUAUCUCCGCCAGCCUAAACCUAAACCAACUGUACCAGUUAAAAUUGCCAUUGUUGGGCCUCCACGCUCUGGCAAGACAACAGUUGCCAAAAAAUUUGCAGAAACAUAUGGAUUAUUACGCCUUUCCAUGGGAGAUGCUAUCCGUUCAAUAUUAAACAAUCAGUCAGGAAGUGAAUUGGCCCUUGUGCUAAAGUGGCAUCUUCACAAAGGACUGACUGCACCUGAUGAACUUGCCCUAAGGGCCUUAGAUAUUGCCUUGAUGGAUACUGUGUGUAACACUUCAGGAGUUGUUAUUGAUGGAUACCCAGUUACAAGAAAACAGGUGGACCUCUUGGAAGAAAUGAAAAUAAUUCCAAUAAAAAUCUUUGAGUUAGAUAUUGAUAUAAAGGAGGUUUUAAGAAGAGCACUUCAGGAUAAACAAAGUCCUAACAGACCUCCCUACCCACUGCAUGACAGCUCUCACAUCAUUUCCCUCAAGAAUUCCUGUUACAAAGUACAAACUGAAGAAAUCAGGCCAUUCUAUGAGGAAGAGCACCAGAACUGGUAUGUACUUGAUGGCUCUCACAGCAAAUGGUGGAUCUGGAACAAAAUCCUACAGGAAACUCAAGCAGUUACUAAACAAAUCCAGUUAUACCUGGAAAGAAUACGGCAAGGAAAAGCCGCCAGUAUUGCUGAUAUGUGUAUCACGCCAAAUGAGUUGCUCUCUCGGCUGGGAGAGUUUGGGCAAUAUUGUCCAGUGAGCCUUGCGGAAAGAGAAGAACUUAUUGAUUGCUCCGAUUCUCCUUCUCUGAAGUUUGCUGCAGAAUUUCGAGGACAUUACUACAAAAUGGCUGGACAGAAGGAGUUAGAUAAAUUUCUGAAAACUCCGGAAUUAUAUGUUCCUCCAUUAGCACCUUAUCCUCUUCCUUUACUAAAUGAUUUACCCAAAAGGUUGACUAUUGCAGAUGUAAAAGCUUUAUUUCCUAUGCAAGCUGAACUGCAAGGCUUCUGCCCAGUUACUUAUCUUGAUGGAAAGAAAAGAUAUGAAGCUCUGAUACCUGGGAACAUUGAAUAUGCUGUACUUUAUCGCAAAAAGCUAUAUAUUUUUGAAAAUGAAGAAAAACUUCAGAGGUUUAUGAGAAAACCAGAGAAAUAUUGGAAACUGACACUUCCACAUAAGCUUCCCCCCUUAAAGGAACCUAUAGUGUUGACAGCUCUUCCUCUGACUGGAUAUCUUGAGCAGGGUGUGGCUACAGCUUUAAUAAAAGCAAUGAAUGCAGUUGGUUGCUUAAAGCCAAAAUUUCCAUUCCUGAGUGUGAAAAGGACCGCUUUGCUAUUCAUAGCCUAUCAUUUAAAAGCAUAUAACCCUAACAGCCCAGACUAUAUACGAAAGAAGUAUAAAAUGAAGUUGGAACGGUUCAUAGACCAUUGUGAACUUAUCCCAUACCUAGGCAUCAAAAUGACAAAGAAGUACAAGGAGCCUCAAAAUCGACCUAUUGAUUUUGAUCACAAGUUACAGACCUUCUUGUCUCUCAAAGAUGUGGACCCAACUUCCUAUUAGUGUGAAAUAUUGCAAAAAUACUGGAAAGUGAUAUUUUCAUAUUUGACUGUUAAAUUAAACAUAUAUGGUUGUUUAUGUGGUUGGGGUUUUUAGAACCUGCCUAACUACAGAACAGAUCAGGCUAAGCUCAUGUCACUGGCUUGUUGGAAGUCUAAAUAAGGCCGUACCGUAGUUUCCUAUAGUUUGCAAAAGGCACUUUGUAAAACUGAUAGUGUACAAACAUAUUUGUAAAUUGCCCUAUACUUCUAAUUUUGCAAGGAACUUAGUAAAGAUUGUUUUUAGUAAGUCUACUUCUCAGAAAAUGUGUUUAUAAUUGUGGGUAUAUUAAUAGUCUUCAGUGGUUAAGGAUAGAACUUCAACUGCUGUAAGCUAUUUGUUAAAUCAUUAUUGUUUGACAUUACUGUACUUAAAUAUUUAGUGUGUUGAUUUAAAUAUAAAGAUCUGGGAUAAUUUGAGAUACUAUGAGAUAUUUCAUAAAUUUGAGAUAAUAUCUUGGCUUUCAGUUGUUACUGUAGUGGUUUAAAUUUGUUACUUUUGUUAACUAGUGAAAUAUUAACUUCUAUAUGUAGUUAUCUGAAAGAAUCCACAUUCAGGUCAUUGCUAUUGUUUCUUCCACACCCAGUCCUAAAUAAAUAUGAGUAAUUGCUUCUUUUUACACUUUUGAAUAAUUUGAGAGUAAUCUCAUUCUACUGUGUAAGUCCUUUCAGCAACUCUGUAAUACUAAGCGCAAUUGAGCAAUACAGUCAGUUGUAUAUUUUUGCCCUAUUUACCCUUCCUAGAAUGGAAAACUGAAAAAAUUCUAAAUGAAUAUUUAUUAUAAACAAUGCCUUUAAAAACAGUGGUUUUUCAAAUGGCUUUCUUAAUACUGUGUUUUCCUCACUUCAGUGGCUAAUCAGAUUAGCAGUUGGUAUAGACUUGUCUUCAAUGAGAUUGGUGAAUGAGGUCUGUACCAUUUUGGCAAGCAGAGGCUCAUAUAGUUGAAUGGUCUUCAAUUCAAAAAUAAAUCUUCCAUAGGAAAAACCAGACGGCAUGAAGAAAACAUUAUCAGAUAUUUCCAUUUGAAUCCUGAAUAUUAGCAAUUAUUUGACUUCCCCUCCAAUCUGAAAUAGUAAGGUCAACACAGACAUAGAGCUCUAUUAAUCAGUACUAAUCAGAUUUAGGGGUCAGUCAACUGAAUAAACCAUUAUGACUGUGUUAUAGUUCGUUUAAUCAUAGUCUACUCAAUAAAAUCAGUAUCAAUAAAGGAGAAUAUUUGUAGCUCACAGUUGAAAUGAAGGUUCCUCAGAGCUUGGUUGUUUUCUUGCAGAUGUUUCAUUACCCAAACUAGGCAACAUCCUCAGUGCUAGUGGCACUGAUAAAGUUACCUAGCUUGGAUAAUGAAACGUCUGUAAAAAAACAACCAAGCUCAGAGAGCACCAAGGACCCUUCAAUUAGAUCAGUUUAUGUGUUUGUCCAAUACACCGAGCCAUAAGCUAACAACGUAGACAGAUUUGUGCAACAUAUUAAGCUAAAAUGUCAAGAGCUAGUUUAAUAAAUUGUUAAUUAGCGAAUGGCUCAGUGCUGUUUAGUUGUUGCAGCACUAGCUGAAUUGGCAGUGAAAACACACAUAGCAGUUUGAAGAACUUUCUCAGCCGUAAAGAACCAUUCUGGAAGAGAGUCACAAAUAAACAGCAAUAAAAUAAAACCUGUCUGAAGAUACUUGGCAAAAAGUAGUCAACAGUUCAAAUGUAUCUUAGGGAACUAUAUUUUCAGUGCAACUCAGAUACCAAACUGAGAAUUUUUCCAAAGAUCGCAGUGUCAACAGUUGGGAAGCACUUUGCAAUUAUCUUAUGCAACUAUUCUUUUCAUUUGUUUUCCUCAGUAAAACAGUAAAAUGUCCUGAAUGGCCAUGAUGUCAAUCUGGAAACCAUUUUAAGGGGAGGAAAUCCUCCCCCUAAAAUGGGAAAAUUGGAAGUUUUCCUUUACUGCUUUACUGCUACCAUUUCGGUUACAAAUGCCCCAUCGAGAAAGGGCCGUGGAUAGCUCAGGCUGUUAGGAGCCUGUUAUUAGAACACAAUAGCCUGCAAUUAUUGCAGGUUCAAGCCCGGCCCAAGGUUGACUCAGCCUUCCAUCCUUUAUAAGGUAGGUAAAAUGAGGACCCAGAUUGUUGGGGGGGCAAUAAGUUGACUUUGUAAAUAUACAAUAGAAUGAGACUAUUGCCUUAUACACUGUAAGCCGCCCUGAGUCUUCGGAAAAGAGCGGGAUAUAAAUGUAAAAAAACAACAACACCUGGACUCCAUGUGUCUGCCAUUCCUAGUGCCAAGAAUAUUUUUGUACUUACACACCUGCCAUCCCAAUACCCAGUGGCCUGUCUUCGAAGUUUGUUAUUAGACACCCUAAGUAAAAGGUGUCAGCUUGGAGAGUCCCAUGAGAUCUCCACCUACUGUCCCAAAGGUGCUAUUUCGAAAGGCAACUGGACUUCCUGUUUUUCUUCUCUUGAAGACAUUUUCCUUCUCAGCCAAGGAGCAUCUUCAGAAAAAACACAUUUGGGACAACCAUGACCUGGAUGACUGAGAAUCUCCCUAGAUAUGGUUAGAAUUUCCUCAAUGUUUUCAUUCAGUUUGGGGAAAAAAUCAAUGUGUUUGGCAAAAAAGUGGAUAGCGUGGUUGAGUGAGAUACAGAGCCCUUGCACUCCACAUUUUGAUUGAUAUUAUUUUCAAAAGCCGAGGUGGGGCAGAGGUGAUAACAGUGGUUAGAAUGCAGUAUUGCAGGUUAACUCUGUUGACUGCCAGAGGCUUGAUCCUCACCGGCUCACCGGCUCAAGGUUGACUCAGCCUUCCAUCCUUCUGAGCUCGGUAAAAUGAGGACCCAGAUUGUUGGGGGCCAUAUGUGACUCUGUAAACUGCUUAGUGGACACUGUAAAGUCCAGCUGCCUCCUGAAAAAAGCACCUUUGGGACAACCAUGACCUGGAUGAGUGAGAAUCUCUACAGACUUUUAGCACUUAGCAAUAGCACUUUAGCACUUAUCUACCA